ACUGACGGUUUGGUUCAGCUGCUGCUGCUCUUACAGCGCCUCAUAAUAUUUUUGUCGCAUGGCUGAAACUCUACUGGCAAUUUUGCUCGUAACCUCGUCAGCGAAGGGGCCAAACGUUGUUUAUCGAUGGCCACCGUCCGUGGAGAGUACUAAACCCAGACUCUCCCGUCCCCGUCCACCUGUCGAUGGUCUCGAGUUAGACAACCCUUGGCGUGCAUCACAUUACUCAGACAAUUCAAAUGGUGUAACCGAAACGCACAUGGGGGGUGUCGUAGAUGAUAUCGAUGACUAUGCGUGGAGGAGACCCACUGAGAGUCGCGACAGGUCCAUGUCUUUUUCACGUUCCGCUCUCCCGGCAUCAGGCCGUGACUCUCCUUGCAAUGAAGAGCGGAGGGAAAUCGACUCUGUCGCGAAUGAGUACCAAAUUUUGUUCGACUACACUGCCCAAUUCCUGGCUGGAAUGCUAUGUCCUCAGAGACACCUGUGUCACCAGAAAUUUGAGCUCGUCAUUGAUAACCUCGUCUUCGCUGGACAUCCUGUCUGCGUGGAACCUGACGGCAUGUGGCGCUUCAAGCCAGAGAGAUACAAACCUGGUUCACGAGGUCGAGGGUCUCGACAUCGGGAAUCCAGUCUACCAGAUAAAGAUAGCUCUGAAGUCCCUCUGGGUGGAGAUACACACUCUACUGCGACGGCCAAAAGCUCAUGGCUGCACAUGUUUCAUCUUGUCCUUGUUUUCGAUUUGCCAGACCCGUCAUCAUCAGCCUCGGGGAAUGUUGCAAGGUAUUUCGACACGAUCUACGAGCAAAUUGCGUUCACUGUCACUGCUGUGCUCUUCCAAGAACAAGUCCUGUCGAACUUUGUAGAAUUGGAGUGCGACGCGAUUGGUUCGCUUGAAACCGAGUAUAUGGUAAAAGGAGAGCGUUUCUCUGUAUUCGCAUCGCAUGCACAACGAGUGUCAUCCAUUGCUACUGCAAUGAAAAAUCUCUAUGACGCUAUCAAGUCAUCCAACAUGGCCCACAUCACUCUCAACGAUCUCCCUCUUGAACUGCAGCUCCCCCCUUAUCUGGACCACUUAUUGCACAGCGAAGAGGAAUUCGAACUUGAAUUCGUGGGUCGUCUCGAGAAUCAAACCGAUUCUCAGCUGUGGGGCCGCGAGCUCAGUUUUGGAUGGCGUCUGCCAGCCCUUGUGCCUUGGAAGAGUUUGCUUCUCCUUGAUACUGACCAGGAACUGGAUCCGUAUGUGAACUUGAGAGGGUCACACGUGCACGCUGAUGAGCGAAGCCUGGCGGAGGGCCUGAUCAAGUUUCUUGAAACCGCUUCUGUCACAUUAUCAAUGGCAGACAUGGCGAGUUUGCUUGACUGGGACCUACAUUCUCAGGUAUACCCAACUGUCCGUUGGCUAGUCCACCACCGACGGGCCAAGAUUGUUGACACAGUCCACAAUGGACUGAAGACCAUCUUUUCGAUUGCUCCUAAGUUUGAUAAACCGCUUGCCACCCUUGCUGCUGAAUUCAAACGCGAUUUCCCACAGCCGUCCAUCUCACCCCUCCCUACGCUUAUGGCUACGAUCUCCAAUUCCACCUCCAAGCAGGCCGAUAACCACUUUUUUGCAACGGUCGUGCAGUCCAAGGAUCUCAUAUCUCUCUACCACGAAGUCGUGCUUUGGAUGCUGAAACGCGACCUCCUCAUUACACUGCAUCUGCACGUGCGCGUAGUAACUACUACUGAGCUCAAAGUUCACGUCCGACAAGCGCAAGAACGGAAGCUGGAGCGACGGGCGAGUCAUCAUCUUCGCGGGCGCCGGAGGAGCAGCCACAGGGCCGACCAUGGCGUGGGUGAUGCACACGAGCAUCCACGAGUAGCCAUGCCUUGGUUAUCGCUUUCGCCCAAAGCUGCUAGGCGGUACUCGAGACUGUCUAUGGACUCGGGGCAGAGCAAGCCUAGCGAUGUAUUGGGGUCGAUCCUGCUUGAGGAUGCUGAAGACGUCUUUGAGGAAAUAUCCGAGGAAGAUUCAGGAGAUGAGAAUGUUGGUUGGGGAUCAUCUGAGGAUACCCUUGAGCCUUCGAUGAUCAGCGAUCCGGGAACAGCGAGCCCAUUGGAGCGGAAGUGGUUGGCAGCUAUGUCGGAGGGGAAGGAUGAAUAUAUUGCAAGACGAUUUGCUCUGAUCAAUCAGUACUUUGAUGGUAAGCGAACGGACGACGAGAUCCUCUACACAGCGGAGAUAUCGCGCAAGCAGCUUCGAGAAGUCCUGCAUCAUUAUGAAGAAUAUGUGCGUCACAUUCCAUGUCGACUGCCCCAUAUUGAUGUGUUGGAUAGCUACAAACUUUCUUGCAUUCUGCGUGACCAUAUUACAUGCACUUCAUGACCCUCUGUCGCUCCUACAAAUACAGUGACAUCAUCGGUGGUCGUGCUCGAGGCGCAGGAUGGAUGAUGACAGGCAGGCGAAAGAGAAAGAAGCCUGAAGCCAUCUCAUUUU